AUGAAUGAUAUUGUGAUUGUGAAUUAUGGUGAAAGAGCUGACAACAGAGGAGUAGAAAGGAAGACAUUGGUUGGGCAUGGAAAGUGUUUUAAUCUAGUGGUUAGAAACACUUUCAAGGCGGAUCUUCCAGGACUGAAGAAGGAGGAAGUGAAGGUUGAGAUUGAAGAUAAUAGCGUUCUUCAGAUAAGCGGAGAGAGAGACAUUGAGAAGGAAGAUAAGAACGAUCAAUGGCAUCGAGUGGAGCGUAGCAGUGGAAAAUUCAUGAGAAGGUUUAGAUUACCGGAGAAUGCUAAAAUGGAUCAAAUCAAAGCAAACAUGGAGAAUGGUGUUCUCACUGUGACCAUUCCUAAAGAAGAGGUGGAGAAACCUGAAGUCAAGACUAUUGAAAUCUCUGGCUAA